ACUUCUCAAUUCAAUCUCUCUCUCUCUCUCGAACAGAGGAACACACGGGCAAACAUGGCGGCUUCUUUGAUCUUAAAGAACCAGACAGAUCACCGGAAAGAUCCGAAUCCGACACCGACCCAUCUCCUGUCUUCGAUCCAAGAAGCUAAAUCCAUCGCCAAAAUAUCUCUCCCGAUGAUCUUGACCGGUUUAUUGAUCUACUCUCGCUCCAUGAUCUCCAUGCUCUUCCUCGGCCGUCUCGGCGACCUCUCCGCCCUCGCCGGCGGCUCACUCGCCCUCGGCUUCGCCAACAUCACCGGCUAUUCCGUCCUCUCCGGCCUCGCCAUGGGCAUGGAACCCAUCUGCGGCCAAGCUUUUGGCGCCAAAAGAUUCAAGCUUCUGGGCCUCGCAUUGCAGAGAACCACCCUCCUGCUUCUCCUCUGUUCCCUCCCCAUCUCUCUCCUCUGGCUCAACAUGAAGAAGAUCCUUGUCUUCUUCGGACAGGAAGACGACAUCGCCAGCAAAGCCGAGAUCUUCAUCCUUUUCUCUCUCCCCGAUCUCUUCCUGCAAUCCUUCUUGCAUCCUCUGCGUAUAUAUCUCCGGACGCAGUCGAUCACUCUUCCUCUCACGUACUCCGCUUUCUUCGCCGUUCUUCUUCACGUCCCGAUAAACUACCUCCUCGUAGUUUUCCUUGGCCUCGGCCUUAAAGGCGUGGCCCUGGCCGUGGUAUGGAGCAACUUCAACCUCGUCGGAUUUCUCAUCAUCUUCGUCGUAUUCUCCGGCGUUUACGAGAAAACUUGGUGCGGAAUUUCGUCAGAUUGCCUCAAAGGAUGGAGAUCUUUGCUUAACUUGGCUAUCCCGAGUUGCAUCUCCGUCUGUUUAGAGUGGUGGUGGUACGAAAUCAUGAUCUUGCUCUGCGGAUUAUUACUUAACCCUCAAGCAACCGUCGCCUCCAUGGGAAUCUUGAUCCAAACCACUGCCCUCAUCUACAUUUUCCCGUCUUCUCUCGGCUUCGGAGUCUCGACACGCGUCGGAAACGAGCUCGGAGCAAACCAGCCGGAAAAGGCCAAGACUUCGGCCAGAACCGGCCUCUACAUGAGCAUCGUAUUCGGAUUCUCGGCAUUGUUUUUCACGUCAUUGGUGAGGAACGUGUGGGCGAAACUGUUCACGGACGACGGCGAGAUCAUCUCCUUGACAGCGGCGGUUCUACCGAUCAUCGGACUGUGCGAGCUCGGGAACUGUCCUCAGACGACAGGAUGCGGUGUCUUGAGAGGAAGUGCGAGACCUAAGUUGGGUGCGAACAUAAACUUGUGCUGUUUCUACUUUGUCGGAAUGCCUGUAGCCGUUUGGUUAAGUUUCUUCGGCGGGUUCGACUUCAAAGGGCUAUGGCUCGGCCUUCUGGCCGCUCAAGGCUCGUGCCUGGUCGCCAUGUUGAUCGCAUUGGCUCGGACCGACUGGGAGGUUCAGGUCCAUAGGGCUAAGGAGCUGACAAUGUCAAAUGACGAGGAGAUUGUGCGCAUUGUUUGUAUUCAGUUAGUUUUUAGCUUCGCUUGUUUGUGAAGUCAAGUAAUGUUACUUCUGUUAUAUAUUUGAUGUCAUUGCA